ACAUGUGUAUAAACGCAUACUGUAUACGCCGUACACAGUCUGGGGUAUUAGAUUUUACUUGCUUUGUUCUCCCCUUUCUGAACGCGCGUCAGUGUAUCGGUAUGCGGGAACCAGCCCGGUGCAUCUCCAGUAAGAAACGCUAGCAUACUGCAGGGGAAAACUCCUAAAGGAUAGGUGAAAAAUUACCAAGUCUGGUCUACAAAUGUCUGCAUUAAUAUGCCAGUUUAAGAUCAACAUGUACUCCUUCGCCCGUUAUUUUUGUAGAGUUUUAAAGAGCUCAACAAUGACUAAUUUUAACAUUGUUUCAACGAGAGUCUGCACGAGUCGCGUUGCUGCUGGAACAAAGGAUUCAUGCCUUCACUUCAGCUCGACUUUUGCAAGGCGCAAAAUGUCUUCCCUCCCAACAACUUGCAUUUUCGGCCGGAAAAUUGCUGAAAAUUCUGGAUUUCUCAAACAGAUGACCUUAAGUGAUACCCAAGCUAUCUUCUCCCCCCAAAGUGGAUUUAUAUUUGGAAUUAUUUCUGCUGAAAUCAACCUUCGAAGAGGAGAUGGGCACCUGCUUGAGAACAAAGGAAGUGGAGAGAAAAAAGGGUGUUCAUCCUACUCACACCCAAUCACCAUGGCGAGUGUCGUCUGCUCCAGGGAAUUUGGCGGGAAAGGACCCAUGGAUGACAAAUCAGGCCGGUUCGUGACCAGCUCGACGCCAUGCCAGAGCAGACAGCACGUAUAUUGGCGCCAUGUGAGGAGAUUGAUUUACCGGACGACCAGGGAUUCGAGUAGGUGAUCGACAUGUCACGAUUAAAGAGCGUUGGUCGCUACUCGGUGGAUGACCAAACGAUUGGGAAGGGGAACUUCGCCGUGGUCGAGCUGGCAACGCACACAGUCACCAAAACAAAGGUUGCCUUGAAAGUGAUUGAGAAACGUAAAAUCAGCAAGCCCUAUGUGAAAAAGAAUUUGACCAGGGAGGCGAGGAUCAUGUCACAACUCAGACACCCAAACAUCGUAAGACUCUAUGAAACUAUCACGUCACCUCAACUAUAUUGCUUGGUCAUGGAAUACGUACCUGGUGGUGACCUUUUGACCCUUGUACGGGGUCAACAGGGAGGUCGAUUAAAAGAGGGCGUAGCUAGGAGGUUCAUUCGUCAGCUGGUCUCUGCACUCCAUCACAUGCACGAACAGGGCAUCGUUCACAGAGAUCUGAAGAUGGAGAAUAUCAUGAUGGACAAGAAACGAGAGAAUGUGAAAAUAAUAGAUUUUGGUCUUAGCAAUCAAUGCGGACCUGACGAACUCUUCAAGACACAUUGUGGGUCGCCCGAGUAUGCCGCCCCUGAGCUUUACAUUGCUGGUAGAGACUACGGUCCGGAAGUCGAUAUAUGGAGCUUAGGUGUGAACAUGUUUGCCAUGGUAACGGGUAAACUUCCCUUCACCACGCCCCAUUCGGAGAAUAGAAGGCAACAUCUACUCCUUCAGAUCAGGAAAGGUUUGAAAGGGGUUCAUGAUAAAGAGAUGGCCCACCUUACUGACGAUUGCAAAGAUAUGCUGCAUGGGUGCAUUGAGCCGGUCCCUGAAGAUCGACUUCCAAUUCUAGAUAUAGAACACCACGCCUGGAUCACAUGUGAAGGCCAAGAACCGUUCUGUCCGUUCCAGGCCCCGGUCCAGGACCUGAAGUUGAGGGCAGAGGUGAUUGAGGAAAUGGCUAUACGUCUCAAAGUCCAACCGGAAAAGAUCCAGGAUGUUGUCCAAGAGAACAAACUGGACGAUGUGAGUGCCAUCUUUAAUAUCCUCCUAGAGGAACAUUUGAUCAAGCAAGGUUUGUGGAGAGGCGAUCAUACCAGACCUCCAACGUCAUCUGAGAGUGUACAGACGAGAACAGGUAGACGAGACAGUAGUCGAGCUUCCAGUACCAGACCCGGUAGCGCUUACGCAGAUUCUAUAGAAGGUGUAAGAACGCCCUCUGUCGUCACUAUGGUGCGUCCUAGCUUAAAAUCACCUGAAAGGAAAAAUAAGAAGGUAGUAGAUUUUGAACUGGACGUUGUUGAACAGGAGCCAGCAUCUUGGGCAGAAAGAACUGGAAUGCAACGUGACCUACCACCGCCAUGGGCAAAGAAAACCCGCCCACUUGGAAAUGCCACGACUGCAAACCGCGUCAAGGCAAGGACGUCCUAUCGUGCAAAUACUCCUGGAACAGACCUGCCGACCUCUGACCAAGAAUACACCUACGCUCACACUGAUCUUCUACACGCAUCAACCAUCCAUAUCCUUGUACCAACCCCGUCUUUCGAGAGUCAGUCUCCAAGCCAAGCUGACAUGGACGACAACAACCAGUCUAAAGACCUAAGGGCAAGAUCGCCGACGAAGGGUUCUAUGAGAAAUGGGCGAAAGCCACGAGAUGGGGCUGGAAAGAUGCAGAAGACGCUUAAACAAAUCACCAAUGUCCGUGUUUCGUUCUUUGGAUCGACUCUAGAGAAGGAUGGUGUCUUGCAGAAAGAGCAAAAGCAAGCACUGAAAGAGAAGAAGAAUCCUUGUUCAGAUGGGGAGACUACUGCUGGUGCACGGGAGGUGAACGUUGUCGAUAUGUCAAAUAAUUUUACUGGAAAACAUCACAACUACCAUGGGUACCACGUCGAGGAGACGCCAAUAACUACAGAUGAUGAAGCUUCAGAGACACGCACGAAAUCAGCCGAUGCGGGUAAAGACAAGUCAAGGGAUGUUCGGCUUUGUGUUGCCCAUCGGGAAUUCUUACAAGAGGGCCAAGUUCCACCGAAUGGCAGACCCGUGGCCACGCCCUACAGCAUGCCAAGAUCACGUGACGCCGAUAACGAACUCGUGCUUAGUAGAAAACUGUAUCCGCCUGCGCAAGAAACUAACGAACAUACAGCUAGUAGUGAGGGUGUGACUCCUCCGACGCCGCUGUCGUCAAAGGAAGACUCAUGUAGAUAUAUCUCAAGUUCCAAAAAGAAGGAGAGGUCUACAGUGAAUUCAGCAAGCGCUGGAUCAUCUUCACACGUCAUUUCUCCACGCUCUCUUCUUCAUCCUUCGAUCGCGUCCAUACAUGGCAAGAAAGAAACAGCCGCAAUUCUGAGUAAUAUUACUUUCAUACGAUGCUCUGAAGACAACGGAGGUCCUUUCAUGAGAGUGUCGAAGAAUGACUCUCCAUUGAAAGCAAAUAUCCAAGGAAAGAAGAAGAAACGAGAAAAUGACGCGACAGCUGUGAGUUGUAGGUCACCAGAGCAACAGGUCUGUAGGAGGACUACGGUUCAACUGACUGAUCGAGAAGUCAGAGGACAGAAGUUCAAAAUGUAUGAUGAGGUUCCGCAAAAGGCACUUCAAAAACGACCCAUCAGACGAACUCCCGAUAAUUCUCCCCGACAUAGCGCCAAUAUUCAGCACCGUGGUUAUCGCUCGGCUCGAGUUAGUGCCCACGUCCUCCCAGCAGAAGGUGCACCAUCAAAAUUCAUCCAGAAAUUUGGCGCCAAUCGGAUGAUGCAGGGCGGCAAGGACGGCCAUCGGUAUUGCCGGGUUCCAAAGUUUGGUUUGCAUGGCAACGGCAGCUUCACAGAAGAGCAAUCAGGAGGAUUCUGGUGGAGACAUCGUCAAGUCCGUUCAGCGUCAUUUCAAUCAACGUCACAAAGCCCAGAGACGGUCACCAGCCUAUGAGAUGUAUACACGAUUCAUCCCAAUACAGAUAUGCACAGAGACUGGCAAAGAAAAGGGUAUGAUCCGGCCAAACAGCAGCCCAGUUCCCCGGCUGAACUCUCCCAAGGAGACCGUCUUCAAUAUCAUGGAGACCCUGCCCUCUCAU